UUUGCUUUUCAGAAGGUACGGCUACUACGAAGUACACGAACAUGGAGCUCGAAGACUGGCUAAAAUUUGUCGAGAGAUGGGUGUCGAACGAUUUAUUCAUAUGUCUGCUCUUGGUGCUACAGAAAAUCCACCUAAGGGGCAUUUCGUCAAGCAGUCGCAAUUUCUUCGCAGCAAGGGUUUGGGAGAGCUCGCUGUUCGAGACGAGUUUCCCAGUGCUACCAUCGUUCGCCCCUCUUUGAUUUAUGGAGAGCUCGAUGGUUUUAUCUCAUAUUAUGUCAGCAGAUGGAGAAAAACUCCACUCGAUUUGGUGUAUCUGUACAAGAAAGGAGAGCAUACGUAUAAAAUGCCAAUUUGGGGUGGUGACGUCGCAGCGGGCCUUGCUGCUCUUGUGAGAGACCCAACGUCGGCAGGUCAAACGUACGAAUUUGUUGGGCCACAUUGCUACCAGCUCAGUGAAUUGAUGGAUUUCAUGUAUAGAAAAGCCCAUUGUAUUACCGAAUUUGGAUUCCAUUACCGACGGCAUUCGCUUCCUGACCCGUACUUCAUGAUUCUCACGUGGCUUACCGAGCAAUGGGGUCAUUUCUUCAAGACCAAAGUCCCAUUGAAUCGUGAAUGGAUGGAAUAUGUUGUAUGUUUC